UAACAAGUUGAGCUUUCUGUUUCUCUAUUGCAUUUUUGCGACAGAUCUGUACGCGCAUGUGAAUCCAUCCACCAACACGGACUUCAACCACCCCACAAUCAUGCCGGUGACACUCACAAUCGCUGACCACGCCGCUCGCGAAUGGAAGGCUUCGGGAGGUUUAGAAUCAGCUGAAGCUCUGUUCCAAGCUUCCUGUCGCAAGGAUUUCGCCAACAGUAAAUGGAUCAUCCAAAGUUCCGUCUCAAACUCCCUCUUCUCCCAGAAGCGCAUCGCGUCAUCUUCCAAUGGCUGGGUUUGGGCUGCCUACCAUGCCUACAGCAGCCACCAUCACCUGAUCAUCCGACCUGAAGACAUAUGGUUUGCCAUUCUUUCACAGCUCAGCUUUUACAUCAAUGCGCAUGCUGAAGAGCUCCGUGACUACUUUGUUGCGCAUGAGGGUCAGAAGAAACUCGAGGUGACAGAAGUUGGAAAUAUACGCUCGGUGGAUUUCGGACUGCUAGCACAGAGAAUGACGCAUUUGAUUCAAGAGAAUGUCAAAGAUCCUGAAUUGCGGACGUGGAUCAUGCCUAAUUGGACCACAACGACCCAGGACGAUGUCACGGUUGCUUCCGUUUUGAUGAUGGGUACCUUGCAAAAAUACUUUUCAUACGGUAUGACGAUGACUUGUGGUAUACCUUCAGUCACACUACUUGGCGAGCGAGCAGACUGGCAAGAUAUCCUCAAAAGACUUGAUAAAUUGUGCGAACUUGGGGAGGAGCCGGCUAUCUUUGCUACUCUGCUUAAGCCCAUCCUACGGAAUUUCAUCGCAUCCUUCGAUGCUGAGCCUUCGUCAGCGGUCAAAGAUUUCUGGAGUAGAAUCGCACACAAAACGGGAGGCAGCGGCCCAUACUAUCUCUCGGGCUGGAUAACUGCAUUCUGUUUCUGGGACGAAACCGGGAAGUCUCUGUAUCAUCGACAUGCCACAGGUGGACCACAACGCCCCGUGUCCUUGCGGGCAUUCCAAGGCGGCCAGGCAGGCUGCGAGCUGGAAGAUGUUUUAUACCAUCGUGUUGAUACCAAAGAUAUCCCAUCGGGGUUUACUUCAGUUCCCGUAGUCGUAAAUGACAACGGAGUCCUCUAUGACACGAAAAUGGUGGCGGGAUCGUUCGGAAUACAAGUGACAAGCAGUGGCAGUAUGCUGGACGAUGACAACGCCCAUGCCAACAAGGAUGCUUUUCUAUACAAGGAUGGCAAGAUGGUACCCUUCGAAUACGUUCCGAAGAUGCCAACCAAGCAGCCUGGUCUAGACUCGUUGCAGCCACUUUCAGGGUGGCUGAUGUAUGAAGUGAGGAGUAAUGGAGAAAGUGCGCCGGCUCCAUCGUUAUUUUCAUUCUGA